AUGGAUGAUGAUGAUAUUAUUACAGUAGAUGAAAAUGAGGUUGAAAUUAAUGGAGAAGGAAAUGCUAAUAUAGAGAUUAUUAGCCUAGCAAUUACUAAUAAAACUGGUAGAAAAAGAAAGCCAUGUUUAGGAUUGUGUUCAGAUUUAAUUGCAAAAUAUGUUGAUAGGAUACCGGCAUGUUAUGGUAGAGCUCGUCGUGUUGAAGUAAUUGCUAAAGAAAUGUAUCCUGAAAAAUUUCCUAACAAAUUUACAAGAAAAAAACUUAAACUAUCUCAGAAACAUGCAUUAAACCAGAAAAUUUAUACAGAAUCUUGA